UUCAUGUUCAUCCUCUUUUCAUCGAUAUACGCCGGAAGGCGUGGUAAAUCGAAUAUGAUUUAUACGAUACAGUAAAAGUCAUUGGAAGCGAUAUUAUAGAUACAUUGAAAGUAUUCCAUACUUACUCGGUAUAAUGCAUUCUGAAAUAUCACUGUUAUUUUCUAUCUUUAUCAGUUUUAUAAAAUUUGCAUCGUCGCAAAAUGACUUUUUCGAUGAAGAAUUAAUGUUAAAACCAUUACCGAGUAAUCAUGUUUACGCAUACUUCCAAUUUACUACUGUAUGGGAAACCACGAAAGACAUAAAUACAUUUCAACAUUCUCAUUUAUUUCCAAGAGGACUCGGUGAAAUUAUAAGUCGUCACAAUGUAGAUGAAUUACACCUUACAUUGACCAGAGGAUUAUGGAAUUACCAAAAAUGGGGAUAUCCUUAUCAUGAUGCUGGUCCCGGUGCUGAGAUAUCUACAUGGUUCCAUAAGGAUGUCGAUAACGUUGAUGAUGAAUGGAAAGGUUUAACGAAUGCCUUGGCUGGCUUAUUUUGUGCCUCUUUAAAUUUUGUUAAUCCUGCGAAUAGUAUGUCUCCAGAAUUCACAUUCCGACCUACAGGUGUGAUAGAUCACAAUGUUAGUUCUAGUCAUUUACGUUAUUCGUCGUUACCGAGGGAAAUAGUUUGUACCGAAAAUUUAACUCCGUUUAAGAAACUGUUGCCAUGUAACUCUAAGAAAGGUUUGUCAACCUUAUUAAAUUCUGCUUAUAUUCACAAUACAAAUUACCAUUCCAUUGGAAUACAUUUUCGAGUUAUAUGCUCUAACACAAUGUGUACUAAAACUUCGCUGGAAUUACGUCAAUCUGUCUCAUUGAUAUAUGACACUAUGACAGAUGUAUCACAGGAUUGGUCAAUUCGAAAAUUUUUUGGACUGGGUAUCAAAGAAGCAUGUCCUCUUGCUACGUUAAGCAAUGUAUAUAUUGAUAUAUCUAGUAACGUUACAAAUCAAAUCUAUGAAUUAGUACCUUCGCCAACUGCAAAAAUCGUUAGUCUCCGAGGAGGACAAUUAAACGAAAUAGCAGUUUACGACAUUAGAUCACAUUCCAUAACAGGAAUAUUUAAUAUUGGAGUUGUAUAUAACACUAAACCUACAGCUGGUUUAAAUUAUCCUUCAGUUUUGUACGCAAAUAGAUAUGUCAUUGGAUAUGGGCAGGAAAGGGGUAGUUUAGUAACAAAAAUUUACAAUAAUUACUGGAAAACGCUCGACAUUGUUUUAUUAGAAAGUAUACCAUGGUAUUUACUAGUAUAUUUACAUUCUGUCACAAUAACUUGUGGAUCAAAAAAUAUUAUACCAUUGGCACAGCGUUAUCUACCAGGCAAGGAAAGAAAAAGCCCAUAUUAUUUGGAAUUAAUUUUACGCCUACCGCCACACUCAGUAACUAAAUUCUCUAUAGAAAUGGAUUAUUCGUUUCUUAAGUGGCAAGAAUACCCACCAGAUGCCAAUCACGGAUUUUACAUGGGUCCUGCUAUUAUCACUGCAUUACUUCCAAUUGCAAGGAAUUAUACCGCAUUGCCACUCGAUGGAAGUACCAUUACGUCAAGUUUUAACGCUUCGAGAGAAGGAUACAUUGUACAAAUGAGAACUGAAUCUUUAUUAAUUAGUCUACCUACGCCUGAUUUCAGUAUGCCGUACAAUGUAAUUUGUUUAGCUUGUACAGCAGUUGCUCUAGCUUUUGGCCCACUUCAUAACAUUACAACUAAAAGAUUAGUUUUGAAACGUGUUGAAAUGGAUUGGAAGAAGGAAUUCUUAUCAUCUUUAUUUAGAAAAAUUAUGAAACCAAAGAAAAAACCAGAAUAA